CGCUUGGCGCGUAAACUCAGAAUUAUUUGAAAUACGAAACUGUGCAGACGUGAGAGACCGGUGCAAACCGAAGUGAAUAUUACGAGUACUAUUACUGUAAUCCAAGUGUUUAUACAUUCUACGUGUGUUUAUAAGAAGAUUUGAAUCAAAAUGCCAGCUAUUGGGAUCGAUCUUGGCACCACAUACUCCUGUGUUGGUGUCUGGCAACAUGGAAAUGUGGAAAUUAUCGCGAACGACCAAGGCAACCGUACUACACCAUCGUAUGUUGCUUUCACGGAUACCGAGCGACUCAUCGGUGAUGCAGCGAAGAACCAAGUGGCCCUGAACCCUAACAACACAGUUUUCGACGCCAAAAGGUUGAUCGGACGCAAAUACGACGACCCAAAAAUCCAGCAGGACAUGAAACACUGGCCCUUCAAAGUUAUAAAUGACUCGAGCAAACCAAAAAUACAGGUGGAGUUCAAAGGUGAGGUGAAGAAGUUCGCUCCUGAGGAAAUCAGCAGCAUGGUUUUGACGAAAAUGAGGGAAACUGCAGAGGCAUAUUUGGGUACAUCUGUAAAAGACGCGGUUAUCACAGUCCCAGCAUAUUUCAACGACUCGCAACGCCAAGCUACGAAAGACGCUGGUGCCAUCGCAGGUUUGAACGUACUCAGGAUCAUCAAUGAACCCACAGCAGCCGCCUUGGCUUACGGGUUGGAUAAGAGCCUCAAGGGCGAGCGCAACGUUUUGAUCUUCGAUUUGGGAGGAGGUACCUUUGACGUCUCCAUCUUGACCAUCGACGAAGGGUCACUCUUCGAGGUCAGGUCGACGGCUGGUGACACUCACUUAGGAGGUGAAGACUUUGAUAACCGUCUAGUGAAUCACCUCGCUGAGGAAUUCCAACGGAAAUAUAAAAAGGAUUUGCGCUCGAACCCACGCGCCUUAAGACGCCUACGCACAGCCGCCGAGCGCGCGAAACGAACGCUUUCAUCCAGCACUGAAGCCACUAUCGAAAUAGAUGCCCUUUACGAAGGAAUCGACUUCUAUACUAGGGUAUCCCGUGCUAGAUUCGAGGAACUGAACUCUGAUUUAUUCCGAGGAACAUUAGAACCUGUUGAAAAAGCUCUCAAAGACGCUAAACUAGAUAAGACUCAAAUCCAUGACGUCGUGUUAGUUGGAGGUUCAACACGUAUACCAAAGGUACAGAACCUGCUACAAAAUUUCUUCUGCGGGAAGAAACUCAACUUAUCAAUCAAUCCAGAUGAAGCUGUUGCAUACGGUGCAGCAGUUCAAGCUGCUAUUCUAAGCGGCGAGACCGAUUCGAAGAUCCAAGAUGUUUUAUUAGUCGACGUUGCACCAUUGUCACUUGGCAUUGAAACAGCCGGCGGAGUGAUGACCAAAAUCAUUGAACGAAACUCUAAAAUACCUUGCAAACAAUCACAGACCUUUACUACUUAUUCGGAUAACCAACCUGCUGUUACCAUCCAAGUUUAUGAAGGCGAGAGAGCGAUGACCAAAGACAACAACUUGUUAGGAACCUUUGAUUUGACUGGUAUUCCCCCAGCGCCGCGAGGAGUUCCAAAAAUCGAUGUCACAUUCGAUUUAGACGCAAAUGGUAUCCUGAACGUUUCCGCCAAAGAAAAUAGCACUGGACGCAGCAAGAACAUCGUUAUAAAGAACGAUAAGGGAAGAUUAUCCCAAGCCGACAUAGACCGAAUGUUAUCAGAAGCGGAGAAGUACAAGGAAGAAGAUGAGAAACAGCGUCAGAAGGUCGCAGCUAGAAACCAGCUGGAGUCAUACAUAUUCAGUGUCAGGCAAGCUUUAGAUGACGCCGGUCAGAAAUUAUCUGACGCGGAUAAGAAUAGCGCGAAAAGCGAGUGCGAAGAAGCCCUUCGUUGGUUGGAUAACAAUACUCUAGCGGAGAAGGAGGAAUAUGAGCAUAAGUUAAAGGAAAUCCAGAAGAUUUGCUCACCCGUUAUGAGCAAACUACACGGCGCUGGCGGUGCCCAGCCGAGCGGACCCCAAGCUAACGGACCUACUGUUGAAGAAGUCGAUUAAUGCUUCGAAUAAAAUUUUAUGUGCGUAAAAGAUUAUCAGUAUUGAUUGAAUGUGAUAUUAUUUGUGUUUAAGACUGAUUUAUUUAUUGUUGUCUAGUAUGAAUGUUAAAUAAUGAUCACCUGCUGGUUUUGGUUAAACUUUAAAUCACCUGUUGUAUUAAUUUAAAAUAAAUGAUACCUAUUUUUAAUUUUAAA